AUGAAGAUCUCGACUCUCCUGAGCCUCGCCGGGCUCACCGUUCUUUCGCAUGGUUCCCAAGUCCCUCGAGAUUACGCCAAAAACGACUACUACGUCCUGCACCUCGACCGUUCCACCACCCCCGAGCAAGUCGCCAGCCGCCUCGGGUUAAGACACGAGGGCCAACUUAGCGAGCUCGAACACCACCACGUAUUCCGCGCCCCCAAGCUCGACCACGAUGUUGUCAAGAGAGAGAUUCAGGAGCGCAAGAGGAGGAAACGAGAUGUUGGUGGCUCUGAUCCCCUUGAUAGCGUCCUCCUCUCUUCCAAGCAGAAACCUCGAAUGCACCUUGAGAAACGAAUUAUCCCCCCCCGUCCAGAGGGCCACACCGUGGUUAGCCGCCAGGUAAAACCUGGGGCUUCAGAUUGGGGAUUGGCGAAGCAGGCCGAAGUCAUGAAGAAACUUGACAUUGCUGAUCCCAUCUUCAACGAGCAGUGGCAUCUCUUUAACCCUGUCGAGACUGGCCACGACGUGAACGUGACUGGCCUUUGGCUCGAGGGCAUCACUGGAAAAAAUUCUACUGUCGCAAUUGUAGAUGAUGGUCUGGACAUGAACAGCAAUGAUCUCAAGCCCAACUACUUCGCGGAAGGGUCCUGGGACUUUAACGAUGCCGACCCCACACCUGCCCCUGAGCUGUCAGAUGAUAGGCACGGUACUCGCUGUGCCGGCGAGGUCUCAGCGGCUCGUAACGAUGUGUGUGGUGUCGGCGUCGCCUACGACUCCAGGAUUGCCGGCAUUCGAAUUCUUAGCAAAGCUAUCGGCGACGCUGAUGAGGCCGAGGCCAUGAUCUUCAAGUACCAGGACAACCAGAUUUACUCAUGCUCGUGGGGCCCCUCAGAUGAUGGCCGAACCAUGGAGGCCCCUGGCAUUCUGAUCAAGCGGGCCAUGCUCCAGGCUGUUCAGAAGGGCCGCGGUGGUCUGGGAUCCGUCUAUGUUUUUGCGAGUGGAAACGGCGCCUCCAACGGAGACAACUGCAACUUUGAUGGCUACACCAACUCCAUUUACAGCAUCACAGUCGGUGCAGUGGACCGUACUGGCCAGCACCCCUACUACUCCGAGCUGUGUUCUGCCCAACUCGUCGUCACCUACAGUAGUGGCAGCGGUGAUGCGAUUCACACAACCGAUGUCGGAGAGAACGCCUGCUAUAGUGGCCAUGGUGGAACGUCCGCCGCCGCCCCCCUGGCUGCCGGUAUUUUCGCCCUGGUCUUGCAGGUUCGACCUGACUUGAGCUGGAGAGACAUGCAGUACCUUGCCAUGGACUCAGCUGUUCCCAUUGAUGAUGGUGUAGCCGAAUGGCAGACCACGACUAUUGGCAAGAAGUUUAGUCACACCUUUGGAUACGGUAAGAUUGACUCCUAUGCUAUGGUUCAAAUGGCCAAGACGUGGGAGAAGGUCAAGCCUCAAGCCUGGUACUUUUCUCCUUGGAUUCACGUCAAGAAGGCUAUCCCCGAGGGCAAGGAUGGUCUGGCUGUCACCGUCGACGUCACUGCCGAUAUGCUCAAGGCCGCCAACCUUGCCCGUCUUGAGCAUGUUACUGUUACUAUGAACGUUGAACACACCCGACGUGGUGACUUGAGCGUCGACUUGAUCAGCCCCAACAAGGUGGUCAGUAACAUCGCCGUUGCGCGAAGACUCGACUCGGCCGGCACUGGCUACAAGGACUGGACUUUCAUGAGUGUCGCGCAUUGGGGUGAGUCUGGCGUGGGUAAAUGGACCGUCAUCGUCCGAGACACCGAGAAGAACGGAAACAAGGGCAAAUUCGUCGACUUUCAUCUUAAGCUGUGGGGAGAAGCAAUCGACGCCGAUAAGACGAAGCUUCUUCCUAUGCCCGAUGAGCAUGACGACGACGACCACGAUGUCAUUCAAACCACGACUUUGGAGGCCUCGACGACACCGAUUACUGCUGGCUCUAAACCAACCAGCGUGCAAGGCAACCCCUCUGAUCAUCCUGAGCGACCCACUAAGAACCCCGCGAAGCCCAGUGGUACUGAGAAGGCAUCCCCGAGCACCACCGGUGAGGCCCAGGAGGCCACUUCGACGGCGUCUUCGUCAUGGGUCUCGUGGCUCCCCAGCUUUGGUGCCUCCAAGACGGUCCAGAUCUGGGUUUACGGAGCCAUUGGUCUCAUCUCAGCCUUCUGCUGCGGCCUAGGCAUCUACUUCUGGAUCGCCCGCCGACGUCGCCUCCGUAACGAUUCUCGCAAUAACUACGAGUUUGAACUGAUCGACGAGGAAGAGGCCGAGGGCCUGAACCCUGGAGAGAAGGGCGCUGCCGGCGGAAAGAAGGCGCGCCGGACUCGCGGUGGCGAGCUGUACGACGCUUUUGCUGAGGGAAGCGACGACGAUCAAUUUGAGGACUACCGCGACCGCGAGCGGUCAAACGAUCGCCUCCCACGCGAUGACUCGGAGCAGUAUGUGGUCGGCGGCGAGAGCGAUGACGACUCGGACGAUGAAAAGGAGAGAAAGCCCUUGAGCGGUCCGCGAUAA